AUGACUAUUAACGAAUGCGUGUCACAACCUUGUCGUAACGGAGGUACCUGCCUGAAAGGUGUUAAUUCCUUCAACUGUGCCUGUACAUUUGGUUAUGGUGGACCUACAUGCUCUGAAGUUUCUGUCCCGGAUCAAUUUGAUGGCUUACCUCGUAUAGUUCUCACAGUUGUACCAGAAGGAGUUAUCACUGAGGAGGAACUCGAAAAGGCGAUACAAGACGUCUUGCUACAGAAAUCGUCUAGUCUCGCAGCAAUGACAAUAGCAGAUAUAGUUUUGAUAGAUCAAGAUGGUUUCUAUACCGUUGAACUCGUCUUCAACAGAACCCGUUUAAAUGAUACAAUCAUAACGGAUAUGGGAAAAGACAUACGGGCGAAGUUAGAUAGCCAUAGUUAUCAAUUAACCUACAACGGCAAAACAAUGCAAGUUGUUAAGGAGGCACAGUUUUACUACGGUUCAAAUAACUCCGCGCCAAUCACAUCCUCUUGUUUCUGGUACCAACAUAAACGAACAUGUGUAGACAAGGACCUCUGCAUCAUGACGGAUGACAGAGAGAAGUGCAGAUGUGAGGAGACGGUCUGUAAUGUUGAUGCAACCGGAGGAUUACUAGCGACCGUAUUACCAUCUGUCCUAUUUCCCUUGAUGCUGCUGAUGUGUUUAGUUGUUUGCCACGCUUAUCCGUGCUGUGCACGACCAAGAUACAUAUACGUAGAUAUCAUUGAAGUUGAACCGCCAGAGGAACCUCCAAUGAUAUUUCCCACGAUAUUGCCUAGAUAUGCUGAUAGUUCGUAUGACAAAAGACCUGUGACUUUGAAAGACGUUUCAACUAUUAUAAUACCAGUCGAUGAUGCCCCAGUAGCGGUUACAGAAACAAUUGAAGCUCGAAAAGAAAUGUCUCACAUGUAACACCACCAAAAUAUGUAUAAGAUAUUGUUUGUCUAUUGGCUAAUGGAUUUUAGCUUUAUAGUAGAUGCAAGAUAGUGCAAUGGUGACAGAAAUAAAAACUACAGGUGAUAAUGACAGAAUGAUCUAUAUUGUUCGAAAUGGAUACUGAGAUGAUUUUAUAGAAAUAUUCUUCCAGGUUUCAAGGCAAACUUUAUUUCAGUUUUGUGACGGUAUGUUAUGAAAUGAUUCUGUGGCGAAUCGUUGUUUUAUAUGAAAAUAGAACCUUUCUGUGAUUGCAAUGGAAGAAAACAGAAUUCAUGUGAAAUAUCACAGACAGAAUAUAUUGUUAUUGUUUUUCGAAAUUAGUAUAGAUGUAUGUGUUUUUGUUUUGUAGGGUACAUUCUCGGGUUUUAACAGAUUUUUGUUAUAUUAUUGAAGUAUUAUUAUGUCACUUACUACGUAAUGUACUGUAUCACUUUAUUACUUGCCAAAACACAAUCUAUCGAUUAAAGCUUUGGGAAAGUCUUUUGUUAUCGAUUAAAGCUUUGGGAAAGUUUUUUGUUAUCGAUUAAAGCUUUGGGAACGUU